AAUCAUGUUGAUUGCGUGGUGCGAGAUUGCUAGGACAACACUGCCUCAGUUCAUUCGAAUCUACGAAAUGCGAUGCUUCCUGGCAUUAGAGUCAGGCAAAGAUAAGUUUUGUCGAGCUCAAAUUUCAAGGAGCUUCGCUCUUUCAUGUACGAUGCUUCGGUCUGGUUUACGGACAACAGCCACUGAUCAGCGACUAUUUUCCUUGGCUGUAGAAGGUUUCAAAAGAGUACACCAGGCUCUUUCAGGCACAGAAUCCAGUUGCGUUGACGUUGUUUGCGUGCUUCGGAAUACCAAUCGGCCAGCUUGAGGGGGUCGGGUGGGUAGGCGACCGGAGCAGGUUGGUGGUACGCCAUGUGCGUCACACGAUCGGGACCAGCCAUGAUUGGAUUUUUCAGGUUAUCAAGGAUAUAGAAGAAACCUAGCAGGCGCGUCAUCUCAGUUAGCCGACGGGCUUAGGAGAAAAGUUAUACCUCCAACGUCAGGAUAUCCCGUUGAAAAGCGGGCAAUAUAAUUCGUCCUUGAGGUCUGUUUUCAGCCC